AUGAACGGCCAGGCUAUCCUCUGCACGAUACACCAGCCUUCGGCCAUGUUAUUCCAACGGUUUGGCCAUCUGCUACUGCUUUCAAUGGCUAAGACUAUCUACUUUGGAGAUAUCGGGGACGGCGCCUGCACGCUCGUCGAUUACUUCACGCGGAAUGGAGCUCACGACCUUCCUACCGGUGCCAACCCGGCCGAAUACAUGCUUGACGUGAUCAGCGCUGCUCCCGACGCGACCACCGACAUCGACUGGCCGGCCGUCUGGAGGAGCAGUCCCGAGUACCAGAAAGCACAGCAGGAGCUCACGAGGCUCGCGACGGACGCGGGGCACACCGAAAGCCAGUUCGAUUCCACCCAGCACAAGGAGUUCGCCGCUUCUUCUGUCGAGCAGUACCGCCAAGUCACCAAGAGGCUUAUGACGCUCCUCGCCUUCCUGCACUGGUACUACCCAGUCAGCCUCUUCAGGAACGCCGAGCGAACCAAUUCGGUGCACUCACGAGGCAUCACCGUGCUCAUGCAGCUCUGGAUCUUUCUCAUGUGCACGACGACAUUUGCGCACAUGCUCAUCGCCGGUGUCGAGACGGCGGACAUUGCCGGCGGCAUCGGCAACCUCUUGAUGGUCAUGAUGUACACUUUUUGCGGCGUCCUGGCUGGACCAAAUGUUCUCCCCCGCUUCUGGAUCUUCAUGUAUCGCGUGAACCCCGUCACCUACAUUAUCGAAGGCCCGCUCGGCACUGGUCUUGGCAACGCUCCUAUGUACUGCGCAGACAACGAGCUCAUUCACUUCACCGCCCCCGAGGGUUCGACCUGCGCUGAGUAUACGGCCCCAUUCCUCUCAGAGGCUGGGGGUUACAUCGUGGACUCUAAUGCUACAGAGUGCGAGUACUGUCCUGUGACGGAGACGAGCCAGUUCCUGGCGUCGGUCAGUGUCAGUUACGAGCACUGGUGGAGGGGCUUUGGGUUCCUAGUCGUCUUUUCCGUGUUCAACAUCUGCGUGGUAUUGUUGGUCUACUGGCUGGCGAGGGUGCCCCGGGCUAAGAAGGAGUAA